AUGGAUAAUACAACUACGACUAAGAUUUCAACUACAACAACAAUUAAAGCCAAUACUUCACAGUUAGCUUUUGUUCCAUUACGUGGAAGUACCAUUGAUAUUCAUCCAAAUGCUCGUUGGGAACAAAAUGGUAUAACAGUUGUAGGAGGAAAUGGAAAUGGUAAUAGAACCGAUCAACUCAACACUCCACAGGGCUUGUUUGUGGAUGAUGAACAAACAAUAUAUGUCGCUGAUGAACACAAUUAUCGUAUUAUAGAGUGGAAAGAAGGUGCGAAGAGUGGCCAAGUAGUUGCUGGCGGAAAUGGAAAAGGAAGUGAAGCUCAUCAAUUUUAUAGUCCACGAGAGGUGAUUGUUGACAAAGAGACAGAUAGUCUCAUCAUUUGCGAUACUGUAAAUAAAAGAGUAGUUCGAUGGCCUCGUCGAAAUGGAAUAAGUGGAGAAACAAUAAUAUCAAACGGCUUUUGUGAAGGUUUGACAAUGGACGAGAAUGGAUCUCUCUAUGUUGUUGACUCAAUAAAAGGUGAAGUGAGACGUUAUAGAAGAGGAGAAUCGGACGGAACAGUAGUUGCAGGUGGUAAUGGACGUGGAUAUCGUCUCGAUCAACUUGAUACUCCAUCAUACAUAUAUGUCGAUCGAGAUCAAUCAGUCUAUGUAUCUGAUACUGGAAAUAAUCGUGUGAUGAAAUGGAUAAAAGGUACAAAGGAAGGCAUUGUCGUGGCGGGUGGUCAAGGACAAGGAAAUGCUCUUACACAAUUAUGGUCUCCUGAAGGAAUCGUUGUCGAUCAAUUAGGAACUGUGUAUGUGGCUGAGCGAGGCAAUCAUCGAAUCAUGCGCUGGCCCAAAGGAGCCAAACAAGGAAAUGUCAUUAUUGGUGGAAAUAAUUUUGGACCACAGCCGAAUCAACUGAAUUGGCCCAUCGGUUUGUCAUUCGAUCGAUACGGUAAUCUCUAUGUCGUCGAUUGGAUUAAUUUUCGAAUACAAAAAUUUAACAUUGCCUCGAAUGCUUAA